AUGCUGUUGACCCGACCCACUGCUUCACAAUCAAUCCAGCAACAUCAGCAACAAUUCCAACAACAUUACUCCGACCUACACCACCAGUAUCAGACACAAUCACAGCAUUUCUACCCUCACUCGAUCGAUUUUGACCUUGAAGGCUCCUUUGACGACACUGCUCCCGACCUCACCUCGUCGAGUAUAUCCUCGUCUCCGCUCUCGACUCAAUCCUUUCUCCCUUCCUAUUACUCUCUGGCAAAUAACUCGGCAAGCCUUGCAAGUUACGACACGUCCCAUCUGACCGUCCCAAGACGAUCAGCGACAAGCACUUCAGGCUUCGAAGAAUCUGCUUUGAACCACAACCAUCAACAAAACCUCAUGCAGUCAGACGCCUGGGUACUCGGGAAUCAGUACGCUCCCAAGACCGGUGGUCGACUACCUCAUCAGCGGGAGUCAUCUUUGUCUUCGCUCGGUUCAGCCGGUCCCGCAUCACCCUUCAGUCACAGUACAACGAAUCCCCAAAUCGCGGUGACAGAUUCAACACCCGACGUUCUGUACGAUAUGCAGGCUCACGACGGUAAUGCCUUCUACCAGUUGUCCAACAAGUCAAUGGCGGUGUCCCACGACAACAUGUAUCCCAACUACAACGGACUGCAGAACAUAUCGUCGGACAUGGCCGGCUACGCCUCAGCCUUGAGUGUUCAACGACCACGAUCUGACCGCGGGUUAUUACCUGCGCCUGAACUCUCUAUGGCUGGUAGCAGAUCUCACCCAAACUCUGUGGCAAGCUCCAUUGCUGGGGACUCACCCGCAACACCGUCACAACUCGAGCACGAAGAUGACAGGCGGCGGAAAGCUGGUAAGCAAUUUUCCAUGCAAGUGUCUAAGAAUAAAAGCUUACUUGAUGUUUUCGACAUAGUCUUCAGCAACGUACCCAAGCUAGAUCGCACGAUGACAGACAUCUAUAAUGAUGAACUGUACAGCCCCAAUUUCACCAUUACCUCGGCAGCUCCGGCUCAAAACCACAUGGCUGUAUCUCCUAGCAAUGACGUGUUUGCGCAACGACUUAGCGCUGCAAACAACCAGCACCUGAGUGCAGCACAGUCGCCAGUCUCUAGUGUGUCACGCGACCGUUCGCCAUUCCGUCAGGGUUCACCAUUGGCACCGAUGCCCAGUCACGACUUUGGUGGAGGUGUUCAGGCCUCUCGUCUACGAUUCAACUCGGCCCACCAAAUCCGGGAACAGAAGAAGGCGGAGCAAGAUGCACAAAUUAUGCGACAACAAAUGUCUGUAAAGUCGGAGCCGGAAACCCCGAAAACCAUCUCUCCAAAAGAUGCGAUGCUCGAAUUUCACGAUGGCGAUGCCGAAUCAUCAUUUUCACUCUUUCCAUCUCAGGAGACGGUGGAUUUUGAAGACAUUGCAAAGGCAGUGGCCACGCAGGACCAACAGGUCAAUUUUGCGAGGCCUGCCAUGCAAAAUGGGGCAGCCUUCCCUUAUAUGCCCGCUCAGCUUCAGACCGCUGUCCACAUUCCACAGCAGUACCCGUUCAUUGCUCAUCCACGACAAUCUCAUGAGCAGAUUCCUCGGCUUAGCUCUGCCGAGUCAAGCACCGGGGGAUCCGAUGCUACUUCGACUUCAAAUGCGGUACCGACAACCAAACCUGUAGGUGCUACUGCUGAUGGCGGUACUUACACUUGUACAUACCACGGCUGCACCAUGCGAUUCGAAACCCCUGCUCUGCUGCAAAAGCAUAAGCGUGAGGGGCAUCGGCAGACUCAGGGUAUCGGAGGGCCCAGAAGACCUGAAGCAGUUGCCGCAUCCCCCGACAGUAUCCUCAAUAGUCAAGCCGGACCUCACCGCUGCGAUCGUAUCAAUCCUAGCACGGGCAAACCGUGCCACACAAUCUUUUCACGCCCGUACGACUUGACUCGUCACGAGGAUACCAUUCACAAUGCGCGGAAGCAAAAGGUGCGCUGCAAUCUUUGCACCGAGGAGAAGACGUUUAGUCGUGCCGAUGCGCUCACGCGACACUACCGAGUCUGUCAUCCGGAUGUUGAAUUCCCAGGCAAGCACCGACGCCGGGGGCAUAAUGUCUGA